CUCCCGCGCGUAGGGAUGGGGCUUGGGGCGCAUGCGCGCUCGCCGCUGCGGCCGGGGUCGGUCUCCGGUGACGUCAGGACGCGUCGCAGAUUCCAGCCCCCAGCCCCGGCCCCCCGACUCCCGCGCAGGUCGGGCAGGGGCGGGGCGUCAAGCCAGCUGAGCUAUCCCGUCAGACCGCGCCAGUUUGAAUGAAAGCUCUUCAAGAUGGCGGCGGCCGGGGCCGAGGCGCGAGGAGGUGAGGGCUGGAGAGCGGCACUCCUCAAUAUCCCCCGUUCUCCAGGCAAACUCCCAAGGCCCAGGAAGCGGGGCCGGGAUCCGUGGGGCCGCCAGAGCGCGACGCGGCGAAACGCCGCCUUCCACUCUGCUGACACCUUGGCCCCUAAAGGCGCCCCGCGGGCUUCACCCUUCCCCCGGUCCCUGACCCUUCUCACGGCACGGCCCGCUCGCUCCCCGCAGUCUCCUCCUGCGCCUGGCUUCGGCGGGGCCCGGUCCGCGCGCCCUGCUCUGAGGUCGGCUGUCUCUCGCUCCGCGGAGGUCCUGUGGCCCGGCCCCCGCUGCCCGUUGGGCCGGAGGCCCCUCCCCGCCUGGUCGCCGUGUGGAGGUAUUCGGGCGGCCGCCGCUGCUCCUGCUUGGUGUGUGCCUUGCCUAGUUUCACUUGAUACUCUUCAGGAAUUAUGUAGAAAAGAAAAACUCACAUGUAAAUCGAUUGGAAUCACCAAAAGGAAUCUAAACAAUUAUGAGGUGGAAUACUUGUGUGACUACAAGGUAGUAAAGGAUAUGGAAUAUUAUCUUGUAAAAUGGAAAGGAUGGCCAGAUUCUACAAAUACUUGGGAACCUUUGCAAAAUCUCAAGUGCCCAUUACUACUACAGCAGUUCUCUAAUGACAAGCAUAAUUAUUUAUCUCAGGUAAACAAAGGCAAAGCAAUAUCUCUAAAAGACAAUAACAAAGCUUUGAAACCUGCCAUUGCUGAGUACAUUGUAAAGAAGGCUAAACAAAGGAUAGCUCUGCAGAGAUGGCAAGAUGAACUCAACAGAAGAAAGAAUCAUAAAGGAAUGAUUUUUGUUGAAAACACUGUUGACUUAGAGGGCCCACCUUCAGACUUCUACUACAUUAAUGAAUACAAACCAGCUCCUGGAAUCAGCUUAGUCAAUGAAGCGACCUUUGGUUGUUCAUGUACAGAUUGCUUCUUUGAGAAAUGUUGUCCCGCUGAAGCUGGAGUUCUUUUGGCUUAUAAUAAAAACCAGCAAAUCAAAAUCCCACCUGGUACCCCCAUUUAUGAAUGCAACUCAAGGUGUCAGUGUGGACCUGAUUGUCCCAAUAGGAUUGUACAAAAAGGCACCCAGUAUUCACUUUGCAUCUUUCGAACUAGCAAUGGUUGUGGCUGGGGUGUAAAAACCCUUGUGAAGAUUAAAAGGAUGAGUUUUGUCAUGGAAUAUGUUGGAGAGGUAAUCACAAGUGAAGAAGCAGAAAGACGGGGGCAGUUAUAUGACAACAAGGGAAUCACAUAUCUCUUUGAUCUGGAUUAUGAAUCUGAUGAAUUCACAGUGGAUGCAGCCCGAUAUGGAAAUGUCUCUCAUUUUGUGAAUCACAGUUGUGACCCAAAUCUUCAGGUUUUCAAUGUUUUCAUCGACAACCUUGACACCCGUCUUCCCCGAAUAGCAUUAUUUUCCACAAGAACCAUAUAUGCUGGAGAAGAGCUCACUUUUGAUUAUCAAAUGAAAGGUUCUGGAGAUAUAUCUUCAGAUUCUGUUGACCACAGCCCAGCCAAAAAGAGGGUCAGAACUGUGUGCAAGUGUGGAGCUGUGACUUGCAGAGGUUACCUCAACUGAAUUUUCAGGAAAUAGAGCUGAUGAUUGUAGUUUUGGUUUUUUCUAAUGUUGACAUUUCAAAAAAGUAUUUGGGACUCUUUUCAUAUUAUCAAGACUAUAUGCUUUGUUAAUUUACAGUUCAUGUUUCAAACUAUUGGCCAAAUGUAUUACUGAUGCUUCUGAAGAGAAGAACACAGGGUCAUAGACUAAUUUGAAAUACACAUAUUUAGUAAUGAGAUACCAACAUGAAAACUAUUUACAGAUGAGCAUAUACAUACAUACAAAGUCUGUGGGAAUAAAGAAAUGCCUCCUUUAGUGUUUAAGCAUUGAACUGAUAGUGAACAGUCACUCAGAUCAAAUAUUCAACCUGCGUACACUUUGAAUUUAGACAAAGGUAAUCCAGUUUGGGUAAAUAUAUACAAGUGUUAUUUCUGUUCUGUUGUCAUUCCUAUUAUUACUUACUGUACUUGUAUUUGAGACAAACAGAUGAUACUGAAUUAUACUAUUUUCCUACUUUCAUGAAAAUAUUGGGUCUUACUGAUCUAGAAAUUUAAGGUUAAAAUUAAAUAUAAAAGAAUUUAAUUACAGCUCAGUUUCAUAUUUUGAAGCUGUUAUAUGAAGCAUGUAUGUCUGAACCAAUAAUUCUUCAAGACUUUUAUUCCCUUAAAAGAAAAAUUUCCAAAAAGCUCUCAAAUUGUAGCAUGGCUGACCAUUAUGCUGCUUUGAAAGGAUGGGGUAGUGGGACCACGGGAAGGUUUUUUGGAGUGCCAGGUAGAGGAAAGGGAGCACUUAAAGGGCCCUUCUUAGUGACAUGAAUUAAGAGAUCCAUGUAGAGUACCUCUGGUCUAAACAUAAAGAGUAAAACGAGCUACCCCUGCGUGUAGCUGCCCCUAACAAUAAUGUUUCAUACAAUACAUUCAUGUUACAUCUUCUGAAUUUCAGGCAGUAUUAACAUUUCCACCAAAUUUAAUUAUUUUUGUAUUUCGUACAGGCCCUUCUUAAAAUCUAUAUUUUGAACUGAUACUUAUUUUUUAUACAUGAAUUUUUUAAAUGUGAUAAAGCUAAACUUGGCUUGGCCAAAGUAUGUACCUAAAUAAUGAGAGCUUUUUUUACUUGAACCAUGAAGACUAAAAUGGAAUAUAUUCCUUGUUUGGUUUUUGUUUUUAUUUUCCUGCAUAGUAAAACCUCAGUCGGGAAAAAAUGUGUUUUCAUCUCUCAUUGCGGCAUUUGUAAUCAUGGUGUCCAACGUAAAGGUAAGCGCAGCAAGUAAAUCUGGCUUUCAGUAUUCCUAAUUAAAUUAUACCUAAGCUCAUUGCCCCAUUGCUUUAAUGACCUACAAUAAGUUUGGGUAAAAUCGAACUGACUUCAAGAAUGCAGCACUUCAAAUAUCUUCUUAAUCUUGAGCCUCUUUUUUGGGAGAAUGCAUCUUUAUUAUGCAUUAUACUGCUACCACAUGACUUUGCUCUUUCAUAAUAUAGGGUAAAUUUUUACAUGUUUGGAGUCUCAGUGUAUUAACCAAAAUCUGCAGGUGGCAAGGAUAAAUACAUUUUUGGGUGCCAUUUCUUGGUUUUCUUUAUGAGAAAAUAGUCACAUGGUGUGUGUGGUAAGAAAGCAUCACAGAUUUACAGGUGCUUCAAUGGCCAACCUUACUCUGAAUUAUAAGUCUCACGGGUUUAAAGGUGUAAUUUUAAUAUUUUUUUCUUAAAAAGUCUGUGUUUUACUGUCUAGUUAUUCUUGUCUACUUCUUGUGGUAAAAACAAAUGUAAAACAGGAGGGCAAAGGGAAUGGCUAUUUUCAGUAAAUUUGUUUCAUUUUGUCCAUUUGUUAAUGGGUCUUUGAGAGUUUAAUUACCUGUUACUUACUUUAUUAAAAAGCUAGACCUAAUCAGUAAAAUAGAAACUCCCUACAUGAAGCUAUUAAAAGCCUUUAACCAUUUUAAGUCAACAUUUAGCUUCUUUAGUUUCCCAAGUUGUCAGAAUUUGUUCUCUCAGAAUAAAUAUAGCCAAUAUUCAAGGGUAAUAUUUAGAUUGAGUUAAAACUGUAAAUCCACUGUGUGAGUUGUAUUGAUACUGUUUUCAGUACCUACACGAGGAUCGUGAUAAACAGUUGGUAAUCUCAGGGUCUUCUCCCCCUCUGUGCAAAAUCUAGACUGCACUUAUUUUUCUUACAGUUCAUUUUUCUUCAGCAAAAUAAAUUUAGUUUGGCAUUUGAUUUUCUAUUUAUCGUGGCUUAGCUUUGUUUCUAUUUUACUGUCAUUUCCAGUAAGGCUUUGUACGAAAGGGUCAAAAAACUUUGGUGCAUUCCGGACUACUUGCUUUUGAGAUUAGCCAAAGGUUUUUACACCGUUCCUUUUGAAGUUUAUCAUGGUCAUGGUUGAUCCAUUUGAAUAUUAAAGUAGAAUUUUACAUAGCCUAAAAUGGAUAUGGAUGGAUACUUGUAAAAUGUCUUGAGCAUUAUUAGUCACCAGGUUACUUAAACACAUUGUGCUAAAUAAAAACUGCCUGGAACUGUAAGGGAAUCUUCAAUUAAAGCUCCUAUUCUUUGAGCUCCUCAUAAACUGGUGAGGCUGGUGCUCUCCACCCUGGACCACAGCAGAGGGAAGGGAGUCUAGACUAGUUCGGUAACAGUAGUGUGCCCAAGAUCACCCGGCUCCAGGCCAGUAAACUACCUGACUAAAAGGUCCUCAAUUCUGUACCGUUUGUUUAAACAAACAUGUAACUCUUGGAUUCCUCUGUAAGGCAAAUGUGGCUAGCCACAGCACUGUUUCUAGGACUAUCUUGGCAUUUUGAAACUUUUUUUUUUCACAUUGUUUUUUCUACUUUACAGUUCUUAAAGUAAAAAUCAAAUAGCCACUAUACUGAGUCCUGCCCGGUCCUGUGCUCUCUCCGAGAGGCAUUACUGCCCAGCGGCUGAGUGCGCAGACUCUGAGCUCGGACAGCCUGCGUUUUCAGUCCCGGCUUUCCCCCUUCCCAGCUGUGUGAACUAACCUCUCUGUGCCUUAGCCUCCUCAUUUAUGAAUGGGGAGAAUAAAUUUAUCUACCUCAAAGGGUGUUGGUGAGGAAUAAAGGAGUUGAUAUCCAGCGUAUAAGAGAACGGAGCAUCAUCCCAGAGCAAGCGCCGUACGUAAGUGUCUGCUAGUUAUUCCGUACUGUGAGCUUGUACUUUAAAAUCUUGGGUGAGCACAACAAGGUGGUGGUGGUGGUGGUGGUUUUUCAGUUUGUUUGAGUGCUCCUAGCCCUUAAAUUCCUUCAGCUGACAUUUAUUAUGCCAGGUUGACCUAGAAAACAGAACAUGGCACUGUGUAAUGUAAACUGGCGAUGUGAUUAUAAAGUGCUAAAAACUUCAGCAGAAUGUCCAGGCGUGUGGUGAGUUCCCACCUUGGGUUAUAAACUAGACUGUUAAGAUGAGGUCUUUGGUGUCAGUGAACAUAUAGUUACAUUCGAUUAUAUGAUUUGUAAUAAUGAAGUGUAACAAAUUUUUAGAGCUGUAAAUAAAAAAUGAAGUCUCUGGGUUCUUGCAUUAG